AUGCCAAUUUGGAGAUCCGUACUGGCAGGAUGCCGUGGAGGUAGGCGGCGGUUUUUUGUGGAAGGAUACAAUGGAAUGUGUUAUGAUAGGGUUUAUGGCAGACGUAGACAUGCUAGGAGGCAGUACAGUACCUGCCCAACUGGAAUGAAGGUCACCAUCUGCGGGGCUGCUGGAUGCACUGGUCAACCUUUAGCUCUACUAUUGAAGCAGUGCCCUUUAAUAGACGAGAUAGCUUUAUACGACCAGUGCCCCACCUGUGGGUUUGCCGUGGAACUUAGUCAUGUAGACACUAAGUGUAAAGUGAGUUCGUUUUCCGGGAAACAUAUGCUGUGUGAUGCACUUCAAGGCGCAAAGGUAGUGGUGCUUGUGGCACGGAACGAAAUGGACACCUUCGAACAGAGCGCGCCCGUCAUUACUGAAAUAGCUCUGCAAAUAUGCAACGCUUGCCCGAUGGCAUUUACAGUAGUAGCAACGGAACCAGUGGAUAGCAUGGUACCUCUAGUAGGCGAAAUCCAGCGUCUCCGUGGAAUAUACAAUCCUCGGUCACUCCUCGGGUGUGUCGAGCUGAACUGCGUGAGGGCCAACACGGUACUGGCUGACUAUAUCAAGGCUCCACCCGAAGCCGUCAGGGUUCCAGUUAUAGGGGGCGCCUCGCCUGCCACUAUGGUACCCGUGCUGUCAGCCGCUGUCCAUCCCUGUCAUAUGACGCAAGAACAGAUUGAAUGUAUAACGUCCUGUAUAAUGAGCGGCAACGAGGCGGUUUGUGCGGCGAAGGGAUGCGCCACUGCGACCGCUUGCCUCGCCGGCUCGUACGCAAUAGCGCGAACCACCAUCAACGUAGUUAAGGCGUUGCAAGGAAAGAAGAUUACACAGUGCGCCUACGUCGACAGUCUUGGCACAUGCGCUCCAGACUGCCAGUUUUUUGCGAACGAUGUAAUACUGGGGCCUUCAGGAGUGGAGAGAAACUUGGGUAUACCAGAGCUGACUAAGUUUGAGAACUGCCUUCUGGUCAACUGUUUGCCUUACAUAAAAAAUGAGAUCGCUCGAGCAGUCUGGCUGGUAUACACAAUGUGCCAGCAGUGUUGCUGUCCGACGUGCAGCCAGCACCCUUGCACGUGCUACUCGCAGCCAGUCAUCCCGUGCACGCCACCCACCAAUUGGACCUGUGACUGGCCUGACGCUUGCAGAGACGAGUACCUUGCUUCGAUUUGUCGAGAGAUGUCCUGCAAAUGUGGCGGCACAGAACUGUGCUGGCGUCCUCGUGAUUGUGACUACGACGCAGCUCGUGCAGCUAAUAUAAUGCACCAGAUGCCCGUUCGAACUGCCUCGUGUCCGGACAAGAUGCCUAGGAGCGUCCGCAUGGCUGCCGAAAUCAGACGGAAAAAUCGAAACCCUUGCUCUACAAAAUAUUAA